CGCAAAUGGUGUAGUUUCCGCCAAAAGUUUCCGCCAAAACUUCUCAAAAGGCGCGCAAGUUUGUCGAACGCUGGUAAGGUGGUCCCUACCUGAACUUACUCUGCUCAGGUACCGGGAGAAGACCGACAAAAUAAUAAUGAAGGUGAAAUUUCAACGUCGUUCCUCUGGCAAGGACGCCAUGGCUUGCUCCUAUCAGAACCCAGCACUCAGCACAGAGGAUAUCGCCAUGGAACCUACAACAAAGACAGACCCAGAGAGCGGCAUUCACGACAAUGUAGACAGACUUAACUCAUCAUUUCCGAGCAGCGAUCCGCCAAGUUAUCACGAAGAGCACAUCGACGAUGAAGAAGAGGAGGAGGAGAACCAGAACAAAUGCAUGAAGGCUGUGUCAAUGGUCUCAGACGGCAUCAGUAAGGUUUUGGCGGAGCACGAAGUAGUUAUCAGGAAGACCGUCUACGUCAUCCUGUGCCUCGGGUACCUCGCCUUCCUCAUCGCUGCCUGCGUCAUCAACUUUUGCCGUGCAUUUGCGUUCCUCGUCAUCACUUUGGUGGUCCUGGUGUUUGUUGUGUACGGACUCAUCCGGGACCGCUGGGGGAAGGCUAUCUACAAGUCCUGUCUCAAACCUGCGGCUGGUUGCUUCGUGAAAGUCUGGAAGUAUGCCAAAUGGAUCGUGUACCUGGGCAUUCUGGUGGGCAUUGGACUUUUCCUGGGUUUGGAAACAGGAAAACAGCCUGAUCAACUUAUCUCUCUGGUCGGCUACCUCGGCAUCAUCCUCUGUCUCUUCAUCUUUUCCAAGAGUCCUGGAAAGGUGAAAUGGCGGCCAGUACUGUGGGGCCUGUCGCUUCAGUUCGUGCUGGGGCUGUUCGUGUUGCGCACAUCCGUUGGGUACGACGUGUUCAGGUUUCUAGGCGACAAAUUCCAGGGAUUCCUGGCAUUCACAGACGAUGGGAGGUCCUUUGUCUUCGGUUCAGGUCUAGUUGUAACAAGCAGCACUGCUAACCUGAGCGAGAUCACAUCGUUUGCAGACCUGAUUGUGACAGCGGCCUAUCUUUUGCACAACUUUGUAUUCAAGGCUCUCCCAAUCGUCAUCUCCUUCAGCGCGGCAAUGUCCGUGCUGUACUACGUGGGCUUAAUGCAGAUUGUCAUCCAGAAGAUCGCCUGGAUCAUGCAGUUCACCCUGGGCACGUCAGGGCCGGAGUCAAUCAGCGCAGCAGGAAUCAUUUUCGUUGGCAUGACGGAGGCUCCCCUGUUGGUCCGCCCCUUCCUCCCCACCAUGACCAAGUCGGAACUCCACGCGGUGAUGACCGGAGGGUUCGGCACCGUGGCCGGCAGCGUGCUGGGAGCCUUCAUCUCCUUCGGCAUCAACCCGUCCCACCUGCUGGCCUGCUCCGUCAUGGCGGCCCCCACCGCCCUGGCCAUCUCCAAGCUGGUCUAUCCGGAGACGGAGAGGAAGGGGUCGAAGAAGGCCGAACGUCUUCAAAUUGAAGUUUCACAGCAGAGGAACCUAUUUGAAGCAGCUGCCUCCGGCGCGUCCGUAGCCGUGACCCUGGUCAGUAACAUCGUGGGGAACCUGAUCGUCUUCAUCGCACUACUGGGGUUUCUCAACACCGUGCUGUCCUGGCUGGGAGUGAUGGCCGGUAUCCCCAACCUGACGUUUGAGACUAUCUGCUCGUACGUGUUCAUGCCGCUCGCCUACGCCAUGGGUGUUCCGUGGGAGGACUGCCCGAUAGUCGCCGAGCUGCUGGGCAAGAAGAUCUUCACCAACGAGUUCGUCGCCUACCUGGACCUGGCUGACAUAAUCGCCGCCAAGAAAAUAUCGGCUCGAUCAGAAGCCAUCGCGACCUACGCCCUGUGCGGGUUUGCGAACUUCAGCAGUAUCGGGAUCCAGCUGGGCGGGCUGGGGCCCAUUGCUCCCAACAGGAAGGGCGACCUGGCCGAUAUGGUACUCAGGGCCAUGAUCACGGGUGCCUUAGUCAGCGCCCUGAACGCCUGCUUGGCAGGACUCCUGUAUCAAGAGGCGACCAUUGCUGUCCUCCCGACAGCAGCAGUGAACACCACCAUGGGGUACUUGAACAUGACAACUCCUGCACCACCAGCCUGUGCCUAUGCUGGCACUCUUCUGGACUGUAUGUGUUAAACAUUCUCGAAGCUGUGCUGUUUUUUUUUUUAGCUCAGCUUAAACGAUUAAGUACUGCAUUCACACACGCAAACGACCAAAAAAGUUUUACCCUCUGACAUUGUAUACUACAUGUAUAAUGCAAUACAUGCACAGAACUACAGAAUUGAUGACAAGAAUGGCAACUUUAUUGUGAGGCCCAAAACUCUGUUUAAGACUUGAUUGUUUUUUUUGUGGUUGUUUGGCUUUCAUUCCUAACACUAAGCAGACUUUGUGAGAUAUACAUUGUGUCUUUCUUCCGGUUCAAGAAAUUGGUAGGUCGCGAAGAGACAAAGAUGUACGAAAAUGGAAAGAUGGUUUUCUAUAUCUGCUCACUUGACUCUUUAUACAUACAUUUAUGAACAUCCAGAACAUUUCAUUAUUAUCUUAAAUAAGACAGACUUUGGAAUCAUGAAAACUUACAUAUCAGAAAUAAACCAGUGAGACGAACUGUUGAUAGGUGCUUGCUUCAAAUCAAGAAUGAAAAACUGCAAAAUGUGUGAUUUUAUGUUGAUCAUCAUUGAAUACGUGUACAUGUUUAGAUCAUGCUAUAUGCUUUGCAUACAGCUCAUAAUAUAUGUAACAUUACGUACAUACAGCUGCAUUAGCAUAUUAUUAUUUGAAAAGAAGAUUUACAUUAGGUAUGUCUAUUGUACAGCCAUCAUAGUAUGUUGUUUGGUAUUAACAUUGGGUAAUCAAGUACUCUUUUAUCUGAGGAUGUG